GCAAAAAGUGGAGCAGGUUUGAAAGUUGGAACCGUACUCACCCUGUUUGCGGCCUGCACCUGCUGCGUUUCGCUCAUCUCUGAAGCCAUAUUUCGCUGGAAGCUAGCUUCUGCCCCCAGCCCCUUGGCGGAUCACGUGGCCAUGGAAGAAACCGGCGCCGGCGACCAGGAGAUCGUGGUGUUCCCAUGGCUGGCGUUCGGGCACAUGAUCCCGUUCCUCGAGCUCUCCAAGCGCCUUGCCGCGAGGGGCCACUCGAUCGCCUUCGUCUCCACACCCCGGAACAUCGCCCGGCUCCCGCCCGUUCCGGCGGACCUAUGCGAUCGCCUCCGGUUCGUGGCGCUGCCGCUGCCGCGCGCCGACGGGCUCCCCGAGGGCGCCGAGUCCACGGCCGACGUGCCGCCGGGGAACCACGAGCUCCUCAAGAAGGCCUUCGACGGCCUGGCCGCCCCGUUCGCGGCCUUCCUCGCCGGCCGCGCCAGGAAGCCGGACUGGAUCGUCCACGACUUCUGCCACCACUGGAUCCCGCCCAUCGCCCGCGAGCACAACGUUGCCGGCGCCGCGUUCCUGGUGGCCUAUCCGGCCUUCGUCGCCUUCCUGGGCUCGCCGUGGGCCAACGCCGAGCACCCGCGGGUGGGCUUAGAAGACUUCCUCGUCCCUCCCAAGUGGAUCCCCUUCCCGUCCAACAUCGCCUACCGCCGCCACGAGGCUAAGUUGCUCGCCGGCACCUUGGCUUCGACCGCGUCCGGUGUGGACCGCACCUCGCAGACGUACGAGGGCUGCCGGCUCGCCAUCUACCGGAGCUGCGACGAGGCCGUCGAGCCCCGGGUUCUCGCGCUUCUCGCCAGUCUCUUCCGCAAGCCCGCCAUCCCCGCCGGGAUCCUGCAGCCACCGUCCGGCACCGCCGAAGAAGGAAACCAGAGCGGUUCUUCGCGUCACGAGGUCCUGCGGUGGCUCGACGGCCAGCCUCCGAGAUCCGUGAUCUACGUGGCGUUGGGGAGCGAGGCGCCGCUGACGGAGAAGAACCUGCGGGAGCUCGCGCUCGGGCUGGAGCAAGCCGGGGUGCGCUUCCUCUGGGCUCUACGGAAGCCGGCCGGAUCAAUGUUUACCAGCGCGCACAACGACGAGGCGGCGCCGUUGCCGGCCGGGUUCGAGGAGCGGGUGCAGGGGCGCGGGCUGCUGUGGGCGGGGUGGGUGCCGCAGGUGGAGGCGCUGGCGCACGGCGCGACGGCGGCGUUCCUGACGCACUGCGGGUGGGGAUCCACCGUGGAGAGCUUCGCGUUCGGGCACCCGCUGGUGAUGCUCCCGUUCACCGUCGACCAGCCGCUCGUCGCCCGGGCCAUGGCGGAGAAGGGGAUCGGCGUGGAGGUCGCGAGGGAGGAGAACGACGGCUCGUUCCACAGAGAUGGCGUCGCGGCGGCGGUGCGCCGUGUUAUGGUGGAGGACGAAGGGGAGGUGUUUGCGAGAAAUGCCAAGAAGAUGCAAGCGGUUCUCGCGGACCAGGGGCGGCAGGAAAGGUAUGUUGACGAGCUUGUCAAGCACCUGAGACGCUGCAAAGACGGCUGCUGGUAAUGGCGGCCUGCCGUCGCCGCCGACGACUCCGGCUGCUGCUGGGCGUCAUACUUUUCGUACGUCGGAAAUCGGAUUGCAAUGCAUUGUGAAAUGCGACUCAUUGUUCGGUUUGGAAAAUAAAAAUGGUACUCAUUGUUGUGCACGAA